UUGGAAAGAAAGCCUUUUGUGAAAGAUCCCGUAGGAAGUGCUUGCUUAUAAACCCUUUAUAUACAUGAGUUUGGAUAGUAAAACAACUUUCUUUAAGAUUUUUGUUGUAAAGAGUGUUGUUGUUACAUAUUUACUAUUUUAUUUUUUAUUCCGUAUUUGCUGUUGGUUUUUUUUUUUUUGGUGACACUUGCAGAGCAAUACUGCAACAGCGAUUUGAUGAUAUUAUAAACCAAAAUGGUGAAAAACAGUGAGUUUCCCCGGAGAAUUGGGCCCAGGCAUUGCGGAAGCUCGGGCAGAGAUUGGCCUAGAGUAGGAAACAGGUGGAGGGUGUUCUUGGGGUGUCAGGACAAUCCCAGUCCUUGAGAACACUUGGAGUGACCACGCCUGGGUAAGCUCAGAUCGCGUUCCCCCAGCUGCCCGACGCCGGUCAGCGCUGUGCUGGGGACGGGGCUGCACAGACAAUGCGGACCGCUAAUAAAAAUUAAAAAUAAACAAACCCCUCCUUCCGAGGAGCCUGCGGGGAGCUCCCGGAGCCGCCGCGUCCCUCCCGCCCCGGGGCGGGACCGGCAGCGCCGGCUGCGGGCGCGCAGAUAAAGUACGGGCGUUGCGGGAGGCGCUGUUCGCCGGUAGGUGAAGGGCCUUCGGUCAGGAAAAAAACCCCAAAGCAACCAAAAACCCGAAAAGAAGCAGGAGGAGAAGAUGGAGGAAGCAGAAGAGGAUGACAUGACCUGUGGAGACUUGGGGAAUGGACUUGGGAGAAGACCGGGCGGUGUUUAUGAAGGGGAAAACUUAAAAAAUUCCUAUUCAAUUAGAUCUAGGAAGGGAUCUGGAAAAGCUUGUAAUGUCCCCUUGUCAGCAAAGAUAGGGGAGGAAAGUGAUGCUGCAGCUCUUCCUGGUCCAAAACGAAACAGCGUUUACGAUGGAUCCCUCAAAAAACUGGGAACUGCUCCCAGUUCCACACGACAGAAUAGCUGUGAAUCUAAUACUGAAGUGUCAAAUGAAGAACUAAAGCAACAACUUCGGGAAGCUCUAGAGGAAGUUGAAAUUUUGAAAGCUGAGCUUGAAGCUUCUCAAAGACAGCUUGAAGGAAAAGAUGAAGCUCUAAGAAUCCUGCAGAGCAUGGCAGUAUUUGAUAAAGCCACGAGUCAUACAAAAGCAAUGCUUCAGAAAACUGAGGAAGAAAAGAGGACUCUAGAGAAGGAAAUAAAUAUUUUGCAAUGGGAAAUUGAAUUUGAUCAGGACAGAUUUAAAAACAUAGAAGACACGUGGACCGAAAAAUAUGACAGGAUAUACUGUGAAAAUGCAGCUCUUAAGGAAGCAUUGAAACUGAGGACAGAAGAAGUUAAAACACUUAAAGCUGAAAAUGCAACCCUGAACCGGCAGUGCUUGGAACUGCUUGCAAUGCUAGAUGUGAAACAACAGAAAAUUUUUCAGGAGAACAUGUCGUUGAACAAAAGUGACAUUACUGAUUUUACAGGUCUUGAACUGGCGGUGCUCGGAGCCUGCACCUGCAGUACUGCUGAGGGGCAGCCUUGUCCCUGUGCCAAAGUGGCAGCUCUCACUCGAAAGCAACUCUUUCAUCUCAAGCAAGAGAUUGAAAAUCUGAAGAAGAGUAAGGAUGAAGCAUAUAUCAUGGCAGAUGCCUUCAGAAUUGCAUUUGAGCAGCAACUGAUGCAGAGGCAGGACCAGGCCCUGAGGCUGGCAGAAGUGAUAAACAUGAAGAAGGAAACAAAAUUUGCAAACUGGAGACGUCUGCGAGGCACUGAGCGUGUCAAGCUACAAGGGAACAAGAACAAUCUGGGGCAGAAGCUGUCCAGCCUGCUCUCGUCAGAUGGGGACUGCAGGAAGGUUGAGGAGCUGGACAAUCCCCAGGAAAUCCUGAGGAUGUUGAUAGAUCUGGUGAACGACAAGGAGGAGGCCCUGGCGCACCAGCGCAAGGUCAGCUACAUGCUGGCACGGGCUGCCGAGGCCAGGGAGGCCGCGCUUGGCCAGGAUGAGGGGCACACGGGAGGAAGGUGUCGGCUCGGAGCCCAGGGCCCGCUGGCUCCCCCUCACACCGGCAGCCAUCGCCUCCCGGCCCCGAGCUGCUCUCCUGCCCUGCCCCACACAGGAGCGGCCCUAGCAGGGCUCCGAAAGUCGCUCUCCUGGCCCUCGGCGCUCGGGGAUGGACGAGGACCGAGUGGGGUGGCCAGGGGGCUGUUCAAGCUCUCGCUGUAGCCACGCGUGGGGGCAGCUCAGCUUUAUAACAAAGAAACUUCUUGUGGAAACACCA